GUUGUGAUAGUUAGACUACAACAGCCAUGGAAUUCUGGGUGGGCAAAUUUAACAAUCUACUAUUGUAAGCAACUGUGUGGUGCGGCAGUCAAAAAAUUGAACAUAACAGUUGCGUGUCAACGUGUGUUUUUGUCAAGUCAUUAUCUUCUGGAUCGCUUCUUGCGUUUUAAAGAAAGUGCAGGGUCUAAAUUGCCAGGGAUCCUUAAUCAUGCACUCACCCGCUUCUGGUGGCACCUUGUGCUGAGGCUCGAAUGGAAAUUGUCUGAACUUGAAUUGACCUAUGGCGUGGAUUGAAUCUCUGGAGUUGAUUAACCAGCUGGAGACGUGAAUUUUGAAAACAGAGGAACUCGCGAUUCUUUCACGAUUCAUGCUUUGAUGGCACUCCAUCGAGAUGAGUUGGCUGAGCCUCUCGGCGCACUUCCACCUGUAGAAUUUGCCUUCUCUUACGGCUCUGGAGUGUUCCCUCAACCGGGCGUUCAGGCGAUGAGCGAGAAGCCAAUGGUCGACUAUAUACUGGGAGUCUCUUCUCCCAGCGAUUGGCAUUCGAAGAACAUUGAGAAGAAUCCACAUCAUUAUUCUUCCUGGCUUGCUAAAUUUGGAGGGAAUUUGGUUUCUGGUUUUGCCGAUAAUGUAGGUGUCGGAGUCCACUUCAAUCCGUUUGUACCAUGGAAGGAAAAGACCAUAAAGUAUGGUGUCAUCGGGAUGGACAAACUAAAAGAAGAUAUUGUCACUUGGAAGGCCCUUUAUAUAAGUGGGCGUCUUCAGAAGCCAAUAUCUAUUCUGGUCGACAAAGAUGAGGUGAAGACUUUGAACUUAAGAAAUUUGAAAGCAGCCCUUUAUGCCGCCAUGUUACUGGCACCUCCGGAGCUUACUGAGGAGGAGUUGUACAUCAAUAUAUGCGGACUCUCUUAUCUCGGUGAUAUCAGGAUGUUUUUCGCCGAGGACAGAAGGAAGGUACAGAAAAUAGUUAGAGGCAGCGCUGACAAAUUUCGAGAUCUUUAUCGGGGUCCAAUAUUGAGGGCUGCAGAAUCUGGGCUUUUAGACAUACCCGAGUCAUUCGGCACCAAUCCCCGUGCCAAACUGUCCCAGGUUUGCGAUACUUCAAGAAUAACGACCCUGGUCGCUGGACUACCAAAAUCUGUAUUGGCUCGACUGGGUGCUCAGACCGGAGUUAUUCUCGAUGGUCAGCAGUCUGAAAAGUCGAUAGCAGAGGCUGUUGCACAGUCAAAGGAAGGGCAUGCGAAACUUGUGCACAGAGCAAUUGGCCGUAUUGUCAGGACUUCUAGCUUAAGGCAAUCCGUCUCGGGGCUUUUUGCUGCCGGAGGUAUAAACGCAUUUCAUUACAUGAUCAAAAAGUCGUCCAAGGCCUGGCGGUCAUGGACAGGGUGAAAAUGUCCCCUCAACCUAGAAACGCGAAUUCACAUCUCUGAUCCUUCAACUAUGGGUUGGGGAUGAAAACUGCCCUGCAGCUCUUGAGUGAUACUUAGGUCGUUAGAACUAGGAGGACAGUAGUUUAAGUUGAUUCAGCACAGAAAUGUGAAGAAUGUGCGCUAGCAACCUUUUUUAAUGAAAUGUUUCUUUCCAUUUGUUCUUGUUGCUCUGUAAAUUGAGUAUCAAAAUCUUCAAUCAAUCUUUGAAGGGGAGGGGAUCCUUAUCAACUGAACGAAUACAGCUGACAAGAAGAGAACUUUUGUGGCUUACAGACUUAAUGGAUAGUUUGCAGCGUCGAGCAAUACAAAU